CCCUGCCUCUAUGUCUCCCUUGACUGGCCGAACGAGCUACCUGGCGUUCGCCCGGUGAAGGUGAUUAAAAGCCGAAAAUCCCCCAUGCCCCAGACGCCAAGUGCGCCGACAAACUUCGUCCGACAUAAUCUGCAAUUGUCCAGACCCUGCCGACCUUCUAUAUCAUCACACAAAGUCAGGCUCUCACAGCCAGCCAGCUAUGGACCGCCAGAGACGCCAGAACGAUCCGGGAGCGAACCGUUCGCUGAAGCAGAAAAUCUGGCGCGAGUUCAAGACCUGGGUCGACGAAAACAAGUGCGAAGGCACAUGUCUCAACAGCCGGCACCAGACCUACUACUUCAUUCCGCAAGGCUUCCUAAGGAGGUACUGGACCGAUGAGCGACUCGAGCAAUGCUUGGAGGCGCUCGCGAUCGGGCUUCGCAUGCACAUUGUCAGGGACGAGCUCCUGCACGUGCUGUCGAUACUGCUGCGGAUGUCGAAUGAGGAAUGCUCCGAGGUCCCGGAGAUCUACGGCCUCUUUCAUGGCCAGGGGAAGAAAAGGGUAAAGGAUGAUCGGCUGCCACUUUCCAGGCAAUCCUCCAGGGACUGCUUCGAGGACACUGGCACUGCCAGUAGUUUCUACGACACCCAAUUCUUGUUCACACCUGCAUCUAUCGGGCGGGAUUCGUGGGGAAACACCUUGGAGCCGUUUGAGGUUCUGCCGCUGAAGCUGCUGGGUGUUUUGCAAAUGGGAGAUGACUGUUCAACGCCUCAUAUUGCAAAAUACCAGGCAUACAAAGGCUCGAGUUUGUCGAAGGAGCUCCUCGUCAUCAAAGAGUUCCCGCCCUCCAAAGCCAUGUCUGCCAUAUACCAGGCCGAGAUUAGUGCCUACGAAACCAUCCACAUGCUAGGGGAGGCAGACGGAAGCAGUCUAGGGCGGUAUUUCCUGGACUGCAAGGCGGCCAUUAACCAAGGUGACCGGGCAGCAAUCGUGCGGGAAUACGCAGAAGGAGGGAGCCUGCAGGAGUGGCUGGGUCAGAACCGCAUCCCCUAUACCCCAGAAGGUGUCCGUCAGCUGUGGGCCGAGCUUGUCAAGCUGUACCGUGCUGUGGACAGCUUCCAGACCCUCGGGUUUCGCGGGAACAACCACAUUCGCCCACAUGCGGCACACCCCCACCACGACAUCACGCCGGCCAACAUCUUCGUCGUAGUGCACCCCGACGAUGGUUCUCUUGGCUGGAGCGGGCAUCGUAAACAGAGAAUCUCCUUCAAGCUGGGCGACCUGGGUUGGAGCCGCGAACGCCAGGGGAUGACGGGAGGAACGGAGACGCCCCAGUUCUGUUCACCGAGAAACUACUUGGCCCCCGAGCUGUUCGAUGGGGAUGGGAACGAAACCCACGUUCGCGAGACAGGCACACAUCAUUCCGAUCUCUGGUCCCUGUCGUGUCUGAUGCUCGAGAUUGCCGUGUGGCUGGCCGGGGGCAGCCAAGCGGCAACCGACUUUUUCCAGGCCCGAGUGGACGAGAACAGCGUCCAGCGGCUUCCGCCAGCGUCUCCCUCCGUCGUCGGAUAUGAGGGUUGCUUCCACGACGGCAGGCGCGCGCUCAAGGCGGUCAGGGACGUCGUGGCCCUGAGCAAGAGCAACCAACGCUUCUUCGACGGCAUCACGGGCAAGAUUGUCGAGUACGUGCUCGAGCACGGCCUGAACAGCAAGCCGAAGCUCCGAGGGGAUGCCGCCUCGACGGCGCGACGCCUACAGGCAAUCAUUGACGACCCUGACAACCUCGUCGAGCCCCAAUAUCCGGCGCUUCCUCCGAGUCCUGCCCCGACCGAAUUCGAGCCCGAUGUCAAUAAACUGUACGUGUACGGGAGCACUGAUGAGCGGUUCGACGCACGAGUCCUCGAGGGAGCGUUUGGGGCAGUAUUUUUGGAACCCACCGUCCUGGCUCAGCCAUUCAAGUCAACGCAAUGGUCAUCAUCACGACGCCCUUCGACAGCAACAAAGAACGGGCCGGCGUCGGCGCCAUCAUCGCCAGCAACAUCCACCUUGUUUCCGCCCUCGCCAGCAACAACAGAGCCAAUCUCGCCGACAAAAACAUCCGCCUCGUCCCCCAUCUCGCCGGCAACGACCACCGCCUCGUCUCCAUGCAUGCCGUACCGCCGGUCGUUCCCACCUGCUCCCAAGCACGACAAGGUCACCGUCGACUACGUGAUCAACUACCGGAGCAACUGGAAAUGGAUGGUCGAGGCCGACCCCUACAACGCCAUGCGUUCUUUCUUCGCCGACGUCAAGCAAGCUCUCGACGGGCGUGAUCAGAUCUUCCUCAUCGACGACCACAGCACCAUGCUCGCCCACGCGGGCCAGCUCAAGCGCACCCUGGAGGCCAUCGCCAAGGUGGUCAAGUCGGUCGACAGGGACGGCAUGGAGCUGCGCUUCGCCUCGGACCCGCUGGCGCGCCACACGGUCUACCGCGCCGCCGACCUGGCCGGGCUGCUGGAGCGCGCCGCACCCCCGUCGUCGUCGUCGUCGUCCUCCUCCUCCUCCUCCAUGGCCGCCGCCAUGCACGCCACCCUGACCGCGGUGCUGGACAAGAACGCCGGCGCCACCCCCGCGCGCCGGCGCCACCACCACCACCACCACCACAGCCCCCUCGAAUGGCUGACCUCCUCGUACGCUCCGGCGCGGCCGACGGGCACAAACAUCUACGUCAUGACGUCGGGCGUCUGGGGCCACCGGGAGCGACGCGACAGCGACGUGACGCUGGGCGUGGCGCGCGUGAUCCGGGGGUUCAUCCGGAACCAGCAGCGCAGCGGGCGGCUCGACACGCACACGGUGAUACAGAUGGUGUCGUUCGGCCACGACGAGGUCGGGCUCGAGCGGCUCCGCCGCCUGGACGACGACCUCUGGAGCGCGGAGGAGGGGGCCGCCGGCGGCGGCCCUCACGCGCACUGGGACAUUGUCGACACUAAAGCCCACACCGAGUGCAUGUGGUCCAUCCUACUCGGCGCCAUGGACAAGCAGGAGGACGACAGGCCGUCCGACGCAAGACACGGCGAUGGCCAAGAAAGAUGGCAUGACUGCGGCCCAUAGGCGCCCUUUAUAACCCAGUAGACGAUUGUGAUCCUAUAAUGUUUAAGUUUCAAGUUCACGCGAUUGUUAAAGUUGUUCCUACGAUAGCAUGACCCCUGCAUUUUGGAAAAAGAAUAAGACGAGGAUAGAUUAAAAACAGGACUACGAACUAGAAGAAAAGAAGGGAAGAAGGAAAAGAGAAGGAAAAAGGAAGAAAAAGAGAAAAAAGGUCAUAUAAAUACAUGUAUAAACUUAAAGCCAUUUUUUGUGGGGGCGAAUCUUGUUGUUAGUACGCAUUUGAGAUUCGACAGGUACAAACCCGCGGCGUUGUCAAAUCUAAUCCUCGGGAUUCGUACAUAUUCGUACAUAUUUGCUUAUACUGUUUAUACUACAAACUGUUUAGGGGAGCUGUCGUGUUGCUUUUUGCUGCCAAAUACACACAACCACACACUGACA